AUGAUUAAAUACUCAAUUCAAUANAAAGACUUGCUGGAUAAUAAGCAUGGUAUGCAGUCUAAUCAGAAAUCUAUGAAACCUAAACUGCUGAAAGGUAUUUUAAAUUAUAUUAUUUUAUUAGAACUGCCUAAUAAGAAAUUGUUGACAGACUCUAAGAGCACAUUAGCGAGAAGUUAUCCACCACUGCUCAAUUUAUUGCCAGCAGAAAUUGAUUUGAUUAUCAAUACAUCAAUAAAUAAUUGGAUAACAUAUGACAAAUUAAAUUCCUCUCUAUCCAAUAAAAAUGAUCAAGACUUUGUUCUAAAAAAAUGGAUUCGUUUCAUAGCAAUUGGAACAAAGGAUUAAAUUAUAAAUAAACUCAUUCCAAAUAGCUGA